AUGAUUCCUGAGUCUCACAGCCAGUCUCAUGAGCAUGUACCAGUUGCCAUGCUGCGUGCUUCUAUGUCAUUCUGUGCAGUGGCAUUGCAAGAGAGGAUCCUCAGAGAUGGAAAAGUCACACAGUUGUCAAGGGUCAAGCCCAGUUUCUCCUGUUUCCAAGUUUGGAUCUACCCAUAUGAUUCCCUGAUUUCUGAAACGAUGUGGUACCUCCUGGUCAUUUGGUUAUUCAUGAUUUGUUUAAUCAGCAUUUGCUACACUUGUGGUUGAGGCAUGAAUGAGACAAACACUGUCUUUGCUCAACUGGUAUUUGCAAUCCAGUCAGAAGAGACAGUCAACAAUCAGAGGGCCAGGGCUAGCCACUCCAAGAGGUAACAUUUAAGCUAAGCCCUGUGAGAAAGAGCCAGCUACAGAAGGAACUUUCAGGCUGUGGAGAUAGCACCUGCAGAGGCCCUUUAGUAGUACAGGAAAGACUAUCUGUGCAACUGUGGGCCUGGGAGCAUGGUUCAAGUGGCACAGCACUUACCUAGCAAGAGCAAGGGCCCUGAAUUCAAACCCCACUACCAUCAAAAAAUAAAAUAAAAAAAAUAAUAAAAGAAAACGUCACUAGGUCCACAGAAGGUGAGCAAGGGUAGGAGAAUAUGAGGUGGGGUUGAGACUCAGGAGAAAGCCUGCAGGGGCCUCGAAGGUCAUAAAAAAGAGUGAAGCUGAUAUAUCCUUGUCUGUAAUGCCCUGCCCACCCUCACUAUUCUUGUGAAGUAGCAGGUGGGGAAGAAGGAGGUAUCCCCAGAACAACCCAAGAUGGAAUUUUACUAAGAGUUAACUUUGGCUGAGCACUUGUUAUUUACCAGGCACUAUCCUCAGCACUGUGCCUGAAUUGACUCCUUUACUUCUGAUACUCAGGACCAGAGAAGCUAAGUAACUUGUCCAAGUCACACAGGAAGUAUGAAAGCAGGAAUCAGACCCAGGCAGUCAGACUCUGGAGCCUGAACCCUAUCACUUACUGUAUUAUCACCAGGGCUUCAGCUACAGAAACCAGUGGUAGUUGAGACACCACAGAGGCUAGAGUCAGGGCUUCUCUCUAAAAAUGGAACUCUUAGGGCAGUUCAUCUGUAAUGAGAACCCUGGGAGUGUUCAAAAUGCAAGCCAAACAGGAAACUAGUACUCUUGAAAGUGUUCAAGAGAUGGGCAGGAAUUUAUAAAGAGCCUCCACCCACCACUUCUCCCCUGGAACACACUGAGACAGAAAUACAAACCACAGAGCCCAAACUCUGUAGCCACAGGUAUGCAGGCUAGAAAGGAGAGUUGCUGGCAAGGCUAGUUCCAGGGACUUGCCAUAAGAAUGGCUCAUGCUUGUUAUUCCAGAUUCCACUGUGAGUCAAACACAAUCACUAUUAUUUAAUGUUAAUAAUGCUCCAAAUAUAUGGAAUUUGGCUCUGAAAGGUUUGUUAACCCUCCUACCAGCACUAACCCAAACAAGCAAGCCAACAAAUAUUUACUGAGUACUACCCUGAACAUUGUGCUUGCCUGCCUUUGAUACUGGAAAGUACACAAAUGGCUGGGCUUUGUUAGAACUCAAUGGGAGCUUUACCAUCAUCUGCUCUUUCAUAUCCCAGGCUCAGGUAUAGUUUGUCAGUCCCACUAGAUGCUGACUAUAUGGCCAAAAGUAUCAUUAUCAGGUAUCUGAUCCAACAGCUUCCAUGCUAAUGAAAAAUCUCUUAUUCUGCAUAUGCUCAAUUCAACAAAGUUUUUAUCUUGGAUAGUUAGCAGGUUUCCGAAAAAGGAAAGAAUAGAAUUGAAAGCCUAUCUAGCUCUGGGAAAUAGAUAUUUCUCAUCCAGUUCUGGCUCUUAGACUAUAACCCAUCCUUAGGCCCCUAGCCUUGUCUUCACACCUAAAAUAAUUCAACUCCUGACCCAACUCCAUCUGAAUGGAGGGAGAAGGGUGAGUACCCGCCCACUCCAUCUCAUCUACUACUAUCCUAGGUGGGCACUUAGCAUUGCUUAUCACAGAUAAUCCUCAUAACCACCCUGUGCAGUAGGCAUCUCCAUCUCUGUUUCUUAAGAGGAAAAUAACUGAGACUUAGUAGUCAUUUGCCCAAGGCCACAUAGCUGGUCAUCAGCUGAAAGGAGACUUUCCCCAGACCUGCCUCCCAAGCCCACAAAGUUACCACUGCCCCAGGGCCAACACUUCCCUUGGGAAGCCACUAUCUUGAAACCUAUUACUACAGAAUACUAUGCUACCACUUCAUUCCUUUCAAAUCUUAACCAGGUAAUAACCAGGUAAUAACACGGUUGUCUUCUCUCUCUUUCUGGUAGUUUAUUAGGAAAGGAGUACACACUUUCAAUACACUGAAAGCAAGUAGUCUCUAGAGUAAGAAUGAGAACAACCAAUAACAUGGUCUUCUUAGGGAGUUUAUUUCUUUGUAGGACUCACACACUAUGGAAAUUAGCUAAUUACUUCUCACAACAUUAAUCCCUCUAUUAAGAUAAAGGGCAAGGUCACAGAGUUAUUCCCGAGUAACUGACAGGAGACACAGGUAGAGAGAGGAUGCUGGGGUUCUUCUGGGGUCAGGUAGAGAAGGAACAAGAGAACAUAAUAGCGCUUGCCUUCCUAAUGGUGUUGUUGAACAGUACGAGUCAGCAACGUAGCCAUCCCCACAGCUUGCAAUGAGGCAUAAGAGGGAACAUUUUUGUAAUGCUCCCAAGGUAUUUUUGACACACCAUUCACCUUUGGUUAUGCAGCAGAAAAAGACCCUUUCUGGAGAGUGUUAGUACAUGAUCAGAGGACAGACUCAAAACCAAGUUUUGAAACCCCAACUUGCUAGCUUUAUGUCUUCCUGGUGUCACUUGCCUGUUAGGUGAGCUGCUUCAGGCUGGCUGAUGGGUGGAGUAGGCAGUAUCCAUUUUGGGUAAUCAUAGCUAAAAAACAGAAUCUGAAUUGUAAAAAAAAUUUUUUUUGGUUGUACUGGGGCUUGAACUUACUAAGCAGGUACUUUACAUGAGCAACUCCACCAGCCCAACAAUCUAAAUUUUUAUUUCUUCUUCCUACAACCCACCUUUGUUAUAAACAAGUAACUUUCCAUUCUGUUACCAUCGAUCCUCCUCUACUAACCUGAGAAUUGUUUUUCCUUCUCAAUGUUGUAUUAACCAUGAACAUACACAUCUAACUCUAGUCCAGCAAGUUCCUCCAUGGCCAAAUUAGCCAUUAAAAAAAAAGCUUCAUAUGUUAUUUAAAUCAAUUUCCUUGGAAUGCCCUUUGAAAUUUGUUUCUAAAACCCCCUAGGUGAGUUUCUCCAAAAAAUACCUUAGUUUAGCCACAUCCAGAAUUCCCACUAACAGGUCUACAACACAUAGGUUUACUGUACACGAUCUGCUAUUGCCACAGUGGAUUUAUACCCAUCAGUUUUAGUAAAACUACCAUUUAUAGCAAUUGCAACUGUGCACUUACAUGCAUUGAAACACUAUAGGGUAGAUGCUGACCUGUCUCCACCUAACAUAUAAAAAGUGAAGCAAUGGGCUGGCUGCAUCAGAUAUAAAAACUAGCCAAAGACAUUAGUGUGGCAGUUAAGAAGGUCAAUUUUGGAAUCAGACUCCCAUCACUCUGUGCCUUUCAGCACCCAAAGUCCUUCAAAUUUCUUGCUUUCUAUGCCUGCUCAGGUACUCAACUUCGUUUUCCUCAACUUCCCACCAACUGGGUGUUGCAUUCCUGCCUGCACCUACUCCUGGAACCAAGGACUGCCAUUGUGGCAUUCCCCACGGGAGAGACAAGCCAAGUCCCGUUCCUCUGGAGUUUAAACCUGGAAAGCCUGGUGUUGUUUGGGUUUGAAGCAGAGUAUGAUUUGUACCGUACAGAGGUACAAACUUCUGAGCGCUGUCUAGGAGCAGCUUCCUUCCUGCAGUGUCUUUCCAUCUGUGCACCCCUUGACGUCCUCCAGGCUUCCUAAGGAACUCCCAGGGAAUAUUUGCAUUUUAAGGGAAAUGCAAAAUGUGGGAUCGAUGCCUUGUAAAGGAGAUUUUUCUUAUUCUAGGAAAAGGAAGGGAAAGUCCUGGAAAGGAAGAGAAUUCAGAGCUGUUUGGGACUGUAGAUUCUCUAGGCCAACCUCUUAAUUUUAUGGCUGAAGAAACAAGCUCAAGCGGAGCAAGUGGACUUUCCCAAGGUCACAGUCAGUAGGGGGUAGGAUAGAAGUGUGUACCGGGGCCCUGGCUCUGGGUUGGGCCUCAAGGUUUCUCCCUCCACGCUAGUGUUUAUCCAGCAGCCACGCCCGCUCCAAAACCCGCCAUCAGUGGGCAACCUGAUACCAGCUUCGGCAGCGGCUGCCAAGCCUGCUCCGGCCAUCCCUUCGGCCCUGGCCGGCAGUCCGCCUGCCCUCGGCCAACCUCGGGGUUGCGAGGGAGGAGCGCAGGCUGGGCUGGACAUCCCUGUCCCAACACCCAGGGCAGAGUCCCCAGAGCAUAAAGACCGGCCCCGCCCGGCUGCUCCCAGUCCCUCCCAGCCGCAGCCGCACGUGCAACGCCUCGUGCAACUACGCCGGCCCCGCCCCCGCUCCCCAUUGGCUAUCCUGAGCCUUCCCCCUCCCAUGCGGCCAGACUCGGCUGCGGCUCCACGUGACCCGCGGAGCUGGCCGCCACUCCCAGCCCGCCCGCUUCCCGUGGAGGUUGCGAAGCGGGGAGAGAAAAAAGAGGCUGCGGUGGUUUGAGAGGAGAGAGAAUAUUGUGAAGAGGGUGGCGAAGGGGAUGACUGGUAGGAUCGAAGGGUCCGCUGCGAAAGAAGGCUCACCAAAUUCUAGCAGGCACCAAUGACGAGCCCAGGGCGGGCGGGGCGGUGCUCCUCACCUGGCCUCGCACGUGUCUCGCUCGCCCGGCCUCUUGGCCAAUCCCAGCUGGUGAAGCUACGCCCGCCCUCUCACAGGGCGCACCAAUCCGAAGCCGCCCUCCGGGCUUGCUGGCCUGGCCUCAUGAAUAAUGAAUACGACGGAGCCUGUCGGCGGGCGGAGCACGGAGGAAGGGAGGCGGAGGGAAUGACGGCGCGCCUGCGCAGUGCCGCUCGUGUCGGCAGCUGCUGCGGGUCGCGCGGCUCCUGCCCAUCUCGGGGGACGGGCGGGCGGGGGAGUCGAGGCGCGCGAGCAAGGCGCGGGGCAGGAUGUCCCACGCGAGCGGCGGGAAGAAGCCGCCAGUGGAGCCGCAGGCGGGGCCAGGCCCGGGGCGCACAGCUGGGGAACGGGGCCUGCCAGGGUCCUUCCCUCUGGUCCUGAAGAAGCUGAUGGAGAAUCCUCUGCGCGAGGCGCGCCUUGAUAAGGAAAAGGGGAAGGAAAAGCUGGAGGAGGAUGAGGCUGCAGCAGCCAGCACCAUGGCCGUCUCGGCCUCCCUCAUGCCACCCAUCUGGGACAAGACUAUCCCCUACGAUGGCGAGUCUUUCCACCUAGAGUACAUGGACCUGGACGAGUUCCUGCUGGAAAAUGGCAUCCCUGCCAGCCCCACCCACCUGGCCCAGAGCCUGCUGCUGCCAAUGGCUGAGCUAGAAGGGAAGGAGUCUGCCAGUUCUUCCACGGCAUCCCCGCCAUCCUCCUCUACUGCCAUCUUUCAGCCCUCCGAAACUGUAUCCAGCACAGAAUCUUCUCUGAAAAAAGAGAGAGAGACUCCCAGUCCCAUUGAUCCCAACUGUGUGGAGGUGGAUGUGAACUUCAAUCCUGACCCUGCUGACCUGGUCCUCUCCAGCGUGCCAGGUGGGGAGCUCUUCAACCCUCGGAAGCACAAAUUUGCAGAGGAGGACCUGAAGCCCCAGCCCAUGAUCAAAAAGGCCAAAAAAGUUUUUGUUCCUGAUGAGCAGAAGGAUGAAAAGUACUGGACAAGACGCAAGAAGAACAACGUGGCAGCUAAACGGUCCCGGGAUGCCCGACGCCUGAAGGAGAACCAGAUCACCAUCCGAGCGGCCUUCCUGGAGAAGGAGAACACAGCCUUGCGAACAGAGGUCGCUGAGCUGCGCAAGGAAGUGGGCAAGUGCAAGACCAUCGUGUCCAAGUAUGAGACCAAGUAUGGGCCCUUGUAACCCACACCCCCCUCCCAGGCAGGGCACUGCCUGCACCUCAGACCUCUGCCUGGGGCUCCCUGAACCCCACACACGCGUGGAGACUUAGGACUCGUCGUGGAGACUUGGGACUCGUCGUGGGCACAUAGUGGUGCCCUGCUCUGGGAGUGUUCACGUCUCAGCUUCAUUAUAAUACGGCCAGUGCACGGGGCACCUUUCCUGGGGGGGGGGCCAGCCUCAUUUCAGACGGGGAAUGUGAGAUAAUCCAUGUAGACAGGUGAAUGGUCUUAAGUUUUUGUUCUUGGAUGUCCCAACUGAAUCAGAAGGAGAUCUCUGAGUCCAAAUCUCUCCUUUCAUAGGGUUCUUAGGCUACCCUCAACUCUCCCCCAGUCUCCAGCCUGGGCUGCCGAGGGAUGUCUUUGCAGAAUGAGUCAUGAUCAUUGUCACCCUUACGUCGUCUCAGGUAGCAGGUGCAUUUCUACUUGGGAUGUGUCUGUCGUGCACCUCACGUUCCCCGUAAAGUCUUAGAAAUAUCUAGUCCUAUCUCCCUUGGAGAUAGGACAUACCAGCUCUUCUGGUAGUGUAUACAGGGUGGGCAGCCACAGGAGUGAGGUCUCUGCAUAACCUGGGAUGAGGCUGGGUAUGGGCCCUGCAGCAAAAGUACACCCAGCUGUUCUUAGCACACACACACCCACCCCGCCCCUUUUCUCUUGUGGCUCUAAGACUUGAGGUCUAGAAGCCAGGGAGGAGGCCCUGGGGAGUGCUUCUUUGUGUCUCACCUGCUAUGGAGGUGAGACUCCCAGGACAGCUGGUCUCUGGGUCCUGAUCAGUACAGAGGAAGGCUUUCUCAUCUUCUCUUUCCAGGCCAGUCCUGGAGGUCACCAGAACCUCUUGUUUAUCCCAGUAGACUGGCUUCCGAGCUUGCUGGUUCUUUUCACCCCAUAACCAUUCUCAAAUCUUAGAUUUGAAAGGAAGCUUUAACUUCCUGGGCCCAAGGUACCUCUCCCACAGGGUGUUUAGGAUACUGGCCUCUAUACUGUGGGCACCAGAGCUGGGGGCUGUUUCUUGAGAAGCUCCAUUGUUUUCUUGCUCUGCCUACCAGUGUGGCCCAGGCCAGAGCCUGCUCUUCCUGAAGGCAGAAGAGGACCUCCCAGUUUUGGUAUCAGGAUUCCUACUGUGCAGUCUGCCCAGAAGGCAGAUUCAGCAUUGCAGGGCACCUGAACAGGAGUUACUGAGGUCACAAUGCAACUGUCAUGGGAUAGAAGGCUCUUGGGACAUUUUCCCAGCCUAGAAUCCCUCAGUCUAGGAGUUGGGAGUUGCCCUCCCAGGCCUGGCCAUGGAGUGGAGCAAUUCUUGCAGCUGCAGCUUCUUCUGCCUCACAGCUGCUCCUUUCUCUUCUGUUCCACUGGAUUCACCCUUGUGAUCUGCCCAGAAGAUUAACUGAGGGAAGUCGUGUAGCCCUCUGCUCAUUUGGGUCAGUUGGGGCACCCUUGAGAUGGGUGUGUUUAUUUGCUCAGGGCGGGCAGCCCAUGUGAAGUGGAGACAGAGGUGAUGGGGGCACUUUGUCAUACUUAACACUGGCUUUAUUUAAAAUGGUGGCUCAGAGUCCCGGGCCCCGACUUGUAAAGACUUUUCAUAACAGAUGUUAAGACCAGGGGAAGCUGUCUACUGGCCAUGGAUUGUACCCAGAGGAUGCUGAAGCCCUCUGGGGACUUGUACACCCACUUCUCCUGGGGACUUGACAAGUGUUCCUGAGGCCAAGGGUUGUCUCCUCUCCCACAAGGCCCCUUUACUUUGACUUUGUGGUUCUGUAGAAACCAUGUGCCCACUUUUCACUCUGUUAUAACCACACAGGGCAAUUGCAUCUAGCAUGUCAGUGUCCUUCCCCAGGCUGCCUGACCACCUGCCCAGCACUCUCCCUCUGGGCUGGCUGCUCACCCAGAGGCAGUUCUUAUUUUUGUUAUUGGUGGAUGAGCCUUUAACAGCUCAUUUUUUUUGGCUAGAAAACGUGAGGUUUGUGAUUUUUUUUCAGUUUUAUUUUUUUAAGGGAUGGACCCUUCAUCUCUGGAUGGCAUCCGUGUUCCAUCCCUACCCUGCUCAGUGGAUGGGAUGGGGCUUGAUUCUUUCCCUUUGGUCCCACCUUCUGCCUGUGUGGUGCCCUCCCCUCCUUCCCCCAGGCAGGGGUGUCUGGUUCCUUCCCAAAGUGCUGACUUGGAAACAGUGUGACUGAUGGUCUCUUGGAAGAGCCCCCUUUGAGUCAGGAGCUUAGCAAGGACAGGAAGGAGUAUGUCUGGAAGUUGUUUUGGGGAGAAGCACUCAGGUGAGCUUGACUUCGCCCCUGGCCUAGGAACCAAAGCCUUGCAGAGAGGAUUGGUACCUGCUUAGUCUGUCUGGCUGUGGGAGUCUCCUGACUCCCUCUUGGGGGCUCUCUCUCUAGGAGCCAACAAUUGAAGCCUAAGGCUUCUGCACCAGAGGCUAGAGAAUCUGACUUAAAUUUGGCUGUCCAUGGGUUCACCUUGGGCUGGGAAGUGCUGUCCACUUCCUAGGCAUCCUGUCUUCAACUUAGUGAGAGCCAAGGGCAGACAAAUCAUGAAUGAAGUAGGACAUUACAAAAAUGUAUACAUAAGAAAUGUCUAUAUAUAGAAAUAUAUACAUCUACAGUGAGCCAGCAGUCUUUUGGAGGAUAUGGGUGAUCUGACCCUUGGCCAAAGGAUGAGCUUUGCCUGUGUGAUUCCUGUGGCUAAGGAAGGCACUCAGCAAUGAACUUUACCCUAGUCUGCACACCCUGCUGAGUGGGACUCCUGCAGCCUGCUCUGCAGCUCCUGUACUCCUUCAGCCUGGGGCAGGGUGGCCCUUUGUACUGGGCAGCUUUCCACAGGGCCCAGGAGCUCCUGGUUUUCAUGGCAAAGCUCCACCCCAGAGCUCCUUUAACAUCUGUCAAUUAAGUGCAAUAAAUUUUUCUAGAAAAUGGCAAAGAUGAAUUCCAGGUGGAGAUUGUUAUCUUUUGGUUUGGGGGAUGCCAGAACACCACUUGGGUUUAUUUUUCUAAGUGCAUGUGAUGAAACGGAAUGUGUGGGGCCUGUGUCCUCCCCAGGAGCCAACAUUCCAGUGGCCCCUGUCUUCCUUACCUUUGUUGGGGGAAGGAGGCCAGGAAAAAAAAAAAAAACCCUUCUUCCCAGCUGGAGAGGG